UAGACUUACUUCAGAGUUCUGUAAUGCGGAUACAGUCAUAGAGCGAGCGUCUCUACUAUCAUUUCUACGUUGUAAUCAUUUUGGGUAUCUGUUGCCCUCCAUGCCACGGCAGUAUUUUGGUGAAGAAUCACUACAAUUAUCUUUACCAAGUUUUUGCCCCAAGUCCCCAACUGAACAUGUUUUCUUGUUGAGAUUUAGCGAAUCCUUCUGUGAUGUGAAAGUUAUUGGUUGGCUCUUAAUUGAUAAAAAGGAAAGAUAUCAACUAUAUUUGACAUGUCAAAAUGGUUCUCUAAAGAUAUAACACAUUCUAUUGAAGGAUAGAGAAAGCCCUUAGUGUGAGACUUGGGCUCCCCAGUUCUAUCUUUGGUUUUGUGCAUGGAUUUCUCGAUCUAGGAGUUAUGACAUGUUUUUGCUAUGUUGGACUUUGUUCAAGUGAGUAGUUAUGAUUAAGCCCAGAAAAGAAAGUAUAUAACAUCAAUUUCCUGAAUAAUGUUGACCUUGAAGUUUCCCUUCUAUCGUCUGCUAUGUGAAAGUAGAAAUGAAAAAGAUCUGGACAAGUGGAAAUGAAAAAGAUUUUGACUAAAUUGUUUGUUCUUCUUCUGUUGCAUGAAAAUACCUCAAAUUGCCUUCUAUUGUAGAGCGUGUAUGUCCUAGGGCUUUGGAUAUUCUAUCCGCUAUAGUUCGUGCAUCUUACAUGCUUAUGUGGUUUCCAUAAUUACAUGCUUUGUGCGUAGAUUCUGGCAGAUCAUUGUCCUAGGGGUUGUAAGAAACUCAGAGGCUCUUUCUUCAGCUAACAUGGUCCAAAGGAUACCAUGUCCUGGUUUACUGAUCACGGGGUGGAACUGAAGACUGAGGAUGAUGGGAGGGUUUUUCCUGCUAGUAACAACUCGUCUUCUGUAGUCGACUGCCUGUUGUCAGAAGCAAAGCAGAGGGGAGUGCCCUUGGACAAGAGCGGUUUGGUUGGGAGUGGAAAGGCUUUCUGGGUUACGGACCAGCCUAUUCAUUCAGCUGCUAGAUGGAUGGAAGAGCUUUUGUGUGGGAAUUUAGCCAAGGAAACUUCUCUUGCGGAUGUGGCUGCUAUCUUCCAAGUGUGCUGGGCAAUCUGGAAAGCAAGGAACUCCUUCUCCUUUGUGGCCUAGCUGCUUUUGGCGUUAUCGCGAGAGAUUGUGGCAGAUAUGCUCAAGUUUGGCAUGUUGGUAGAGUCUCUGUUUCUUCAGCUUCCUCUAUUGAAGCCUGGGCCCUCCGUAUCGCUUGCCGUACUGCUACGGAGAUGGGGUUCUCUGAGGUUAUCUUUGAAUCGGACUGUCAGGUGCUUAUGAACUGCUUCAAGGAGAAACCAACGCCUUGUCCUUGGGAAUUAUGCUCCUUUGUGAAGGAUAUUAAAACCUGGGCUCAUUCAAGGAAUUGGUCUUUUGUUUGUUGUAAUAGGGAGAAAAAUAGGGCAGCGCAUGAGUUUGCUUCUUACUGUCUUAGUAGAAAUUUCGUUCCUAAAUCAGGUUGUAUUCUGGCUGCUUUGCAAUCCUUAGUUGACUCUGAUGUAAUUCGGUAGUUUGGUUAUAAUAUAUGACUCUCAUCCAAAUAAUAAUAAUAAUAA